CUUAGGUUUGAGCCUCGCUCACCAUCGCUUCGGUCGGGUGGUGCGCACCCUUACUCACGCGCACCUUCCCUUCCUUCCCCCAUCGUGGCUGCGUGUCAAGGCCUUGUUCACGCCUUCGAUUCUCAGGACCUCGUUGACGUCUACAUCCCAGACGGUCCUGACGCCCUUAUCCUCACCUGCGAGCAGCAGCCGUGCCCAAAUCGGACACCUCGAUCAAUCGACCAGGACUAUCUGCGCUAUAAAGCGAUCCGAAGGGCGCAACAUCCGCUCGGUCCUCGAAGCACCCUCGCAUCUCGAUCUGCCUCACGGCAUUCUCGCCCUGUCUCUCCCAGCUCCCGUCUUCCCCGACCGGUCGCCGGUCCAAGUCAAGCGCGAGGAGAUAUCCCUCCAGACCCUGUGCCAGAGCAAGAGCCUAAGGAGAGUGCGAGUGAAGAAGGAGUCUCGGAGCCCGAGCCCACUGAUCCUGCUCGGCCCGCCUCGCCGACAGCGCUCGCCCCCGCGUCAGCAGUCCCUGAC